AUGACCUUCACCACGGAGGACGCAUCAGGCAGGACCUAUGCAUUCUCAUAUUCCACUGAUGACCCAAACCCCGAGCACAUUGCUACCAAGGAGGUUGUACUAAAGAAUAGAGAGGCGCUGGGUGACUACUAUGAUGAGCAGCAAUUUGGGCUCGAAGAAUUGACGAAAGAAAGAGAGAGAUGCCUAGACCCAGAGCGAGAAGCGCAAAUGUCAUGGUGGCUGUCUGAUGACUUCCACAAAGUUGCUUGGAUUUCAUGCGAAGAGAAGAUUCAGCCCAAAGCAGCCACAAUAGACGCUAUCAAUGCGUGCAAGGCCGCGGGGGUAAAGUUCUUUUUCUAUUGGUGCCACAAACAAGUCGACAAUCUCACCCCGCAACUCGACACCUACAUGCUGAUAAGGUCACUGAUCCUCCAAGCGAUGAGACAAUAUGCAGAAGAUGAGGACAUACAGACAGAUGGUGAGGACAUACAGGCAAAGCCACAAGAAAAUGAACCUCGACCAUUUAGUGGUGUAUUACAUGAAAACCCAGUCUCCUUGUACAAGGUCGCAAAUAUCCUUUUCAAUAUCUUGGAGAAUAUCGAAGGUCCUAUUAUCUGCAUUAUCAGCGACAUUGAAUAUCUAAAUUUAUUCUACGGCCAGGACACGGAAGACCACAUUGAUUUUCUACGGACGUUCUUCAAUAAUCUAGCCAAACUAAACGAUCCAGUGGACAAGAAAGUCAGGUUGUGCAUCAUAUCCACAUUGGACUCCCCCUUUGAGUUCGAACCACUUUCAGACAUUCGAACUGCUAGCGACUGGGGCAUUAAGGUGGUCUAG